GGCUGGCCCAAAAGGAUAAACCUGCACUUCACCGGCACCAUUCGAGGUUUUGGAACAACAACCUUCACAUCGAACGAUUCCACUGUUUGGCGUAUAAUCUUCUCCAUAUAGUUGCCGGAAUUGACACCGGAAUCCAUCCGAGAGGUGAUCUCUUAACACGUACGGCCAAAUAAACUGUCGAUUGUUAGCAAGAGAGAGAGAGAGAGAGAGAGAGAGAGAGAGAUAUCAAGAGCUUUGGAGUUGUGUGCAAAAAUGUCUGCCGUAUGGAGAGCCAAAUGGAGCUUAAGCACGACGGCCGGAGACUGUCCUCGAAUGCUCAGAUUUGCUCUCCAUCCUCCAAAGCAUGUUGAGGUUGAAUUUGCUGAUGGAAGUCUGUACAAGUUGCAGGCUGAAUAUCUCAGGGUCUUCAGCCCUGCUGUUGAUAGUAAGAUCAGAUCAAUUGCUGGUCAAAAGGUCAUUUAUGGGCGCCGGCAUGUAGGGAUCAUGUCUGCAGAACCCAUAGGAAACUACGGGGUUGCUUUUUGAUGACUUGCAUAAAACUGGGAUAUAUACAUGGGACUAUUUCUAUUAUCUUGGAAGCAACAAAUUCACCCUCAUGAGAAGUUACAUCGACACGUUGAGGAAGCAUGGUCUUAGCCGUGACCCACGUUCCAAAAAAUAAGGUGAUUUUCUAUGCAAAUUGUUGAAUCUCUUAAAUGACAUGUUCAUAGUGCAUAGAGGUGAUAGUUUCGGCCCCUUGUGAAUGGGAUGAUUUUGUAUCUCUAACAGGUUAAAUAGGUAAAAUAAAAAUGCGUAUUCAGCUGCUCUAGUUGUAUUUUAAGUGCAGACUGAUAAUGAGCAGUUCUGUUGUGACAUUUUCUUUUGAAUUUCUUGACUGCAAUUUGUAGUUACAGUUAUUUAUGGGAAUACUAAAAGGUACUUGAUAUGUUC